AUGGCAGACCAGCACCUCCUGGCCUACUUUACCGCCAUGGACAACCAAGGAGGCGUCAUAGUUAAAGAUGCCCCCAAGUUUGACCUGGAGAUGUACGUAGCUAACUACAAGGGCCGUACUCGUUUCGACCGACUUCUCCUGAUCGGCCAAUGUUCCGUGCCGCUGUGUAUCGAUGCGCUGAAGGCCGCCAUCGCCGAAGCAAGACGUGGCAAGGAUGUCCAGCGAUACCGCGACGCUUGGGAAUGCAUCCGCAUGGCCGCGCCUGACGAGCCCGAAGCCAGAUGGGAUGAGGCGUGGGUAACCGCGACAGAAAAAGAAAAUAAAUCAGAGACCCAACGCCUCGAAGCCGAGCUCAAGGGUUAUAAGAACAACCUGGUUAAAGAGAGCAUUCGGAUUGGUCAUCGCGACCUCGGCGAACAUCUCGAAUCUAUCGGAAGCUUAAAUCAGGCUGCCGACACCUACAUAAAGAUGCGCCCCGACGCGAGCACGCAGUCCCAUAUCCUGGAGGUCGGCAAGCACGUUAUUAGCAUCAUGCUGCAAAAACGAGAUUGGGCUGGGGUUCUGGCGAACGCCAGCAAGGCCCUGACUGGGAAUCUUGCUGGUGAGGAGCACACCGUCGAGCAGCCUUAUCAGAAGGUCGUCUGCGGUUUAGCGCACCUGGGGUCUGCUAAGUACUACGACGCUGCGCGAUGCUUCCUCGAGGUUGGAGACCCGUCUAUCUGCCAGCAACACAACGACAUUGCCAGCACAAACGACAUCGCCACCUAUGGCGGACUGCUAGCACUAGCCUCGAUGGACCGAGUAGAGCUUCAAUCCCGAGUCUUGGACAACCCUAGCUUCAGAAACUUCCUCGAGGUGGAGUCGCACAUCCGCAAGGCCGUCUCCAUGUUCGUGAACGGCCGAUACUCGUCCUGCUUAGACAUUCUAGAGUCCUACCGAAACGAUUACCUUCUCGACAUUCACCUUCAAAAACAUGUCGCGCCCCUCUACUCACAGAUUCGGAACAAAUGCAUUAUCCAAUACUUCCUACCGUUUUCAUGUGUUACUCUCGAUAGCUUGAAUACCGCAUUCGCCAAACCCGGCGAGUCCCUUCAAGACGAGCUUAUUUCUAUGAUCAAGAGCGGUGUUUUGAACGCUCGGAUCAACACCAUCGACAAACUCCUUGUUGCCGUUUCUGUCGACGCUCGGGUCGCGAUGCAGACAGAAGGCUUACUAGCUGCCCAGAACUACGAGAAGGAGGCCAUCGAGCGACUCCGACGAAUGAGCCUUGCGGCAGCCAACCUGGAGGUCAAAGUCCCUCCCAAGGCGGCUGGCUCGAGGCUUGACGGGUCAAUGGGGCCUCUUCCCGGAGUAGGCGAGAUAUGGCUGGACGAAGCUAGGAGGAACGAGAAUUCUGUAGACACGACAAUGACGUCGUAG